AUGUUCCCGCCCGAUUUGCAGAGGCCCUCUGAUCCUGGUUCGUCAAUUCCGCUACAUGCACCGCUGGCAUUUCCUGACCGAAUCCCCCUCGCGCAGACCAUAGAUGAAGCAGAGUAUCUACUAGACCAGCUCCCCCCUCCCUCGCCCGACGAUGACGAGCUCGUCAAGAAGCUUCGCCAACGAUUGAAGGACCUGCUUACGGAUCUUCGCAAGGGCGCUGAGGGUGUUAUCAACUCAUAG